CGUAUGUUGUCAAUUUCCAGCGAACGGGACAAGAGUUGCGAGGUUUUUCAGUGCGUGUGUGAUCUCGUGCGGUUUUCGAAUAACAGUUCUAUAUUUUUUCGUUUUUCUCACAAAAUACUACGAAUAUGUCUACUGUGGCGAGUACUCUAUCCCUUGCGGGAACGCGGACAUCCGGUGCACCGGUUCGCACACAAAAUGUUAUGGCAGCAUCAUCCAUAGCCAACAUCGUCAAAUCAUCUCUGGGACCGGUCGGUCUCGAUAAAAUGCUUGUUGAUGACAUCGGAGAUGUCACGAUCACUAACGAUGGUGCCACUAUAUUGCGAUUGCUAGAGGUAGAGCAUCCUGCUGCAAAAGUUCUGUGCGAAUUGGCCCAGCUGCAGGAUGAAGAAGUCGGAGAUGGCACCACAUCCGUUGUGAUCAUUGCUGCCGAACUACUGAAAAACGCUGAUGAGUUGGUAAAACAAAAGAUUCAUCCGACCUCGAUUAUCGCCGGAUAUCGUCUUGCUUGUAAGGAAGCCUGCAAGUACAUCUCGGAACAUCUGACCGCUCCAGUUGAUGAGUUGGGACGCGAAACGUUAGUUAGCGUUGCAAAGACCUCAAUGAGCUCUAAAAUCAUUGGAGCCGAUGCGGAUUUCUUCUCGGCAAUGGUGAUCGAUGCAGCCCAGGCGGUUAAGAUUAUAGAUCCCAAGGGUAAUCCGGCAUACCCCAUCAAGGCGGUGAAUGUACUGAAAGCUCACGGCAAAUCGGCCCGAGAAAGUAUACUCGUUCAGGGAUAUGCGUUGAAUUGUACCAUCGCCUCGCAGCAGAUGCCGAAGAAAAUAACCAACGCCAAAAUUGCCUGUUUGGAUUUUUCUUUGCAAAAGACCAAAAUGAAGAUGGGCGUCCAGGUUUUGAUCACUGAUCCCGAGAAGCUUGAAGGCAUUCGUGCUCGGGAACUGGACAUUACGAAGGAGAAAAUCGAGAAAAUUUUGGCUACCGGUGUUAAUGUUGUGCUAUGUAGCGGAGGAAUCGAUGAUCUCUGUCUGAAAUACUUUGUUGAAGCAGGCGCUAUGGCGGUCAGACGCGUGAAGAAAUCGGACCUAAAACGCAUUGCCAAAGCUACCGGUGCUGCUUUCCUUACAUCGCUGACUAACAUGGAGGGCGAAGAAAGCUUUGAAUCGAGCUACGUUGGCGAGGCUGCAGAAGUUGUGCAGGAAUUCAUCUGUGACGAUGAAUUAAUUCUUAUCCGUGGUCCGAAAGCUCGCACUGCUGCGUCUAUUAUUCUGCGUGGACCGAACGAUUUUUACUGUGACGAAAUGGAACGAUCCAUUCAUGAUGCGUUGUGUGUAGCGAAACGUGUCCUGGAAGGCAAAAAAGUCGUUGCCGGCGGUGGGUGUGUGGAGGCUGCCCUCUCAAUCUAUCUGGAAAACUUUGCUACGUCUCUCAGCUCCAGAGAGCAGCUUGCUAUCGCCGAAUUCGCAAAGUCCUUGCUGGUUAUUCCGAAAACACUUGCAGUCAAUGCAGCUAAGGAUGCUACCGAUUUGGUGGCCAAACUGCGCGCGUAUCACAAUUCCAGCCAGACCAAAGUAGAUCACGCUCACCUCAAGUGGUACGGUCUAGAUCUGAUUGAUGGGGUUGUGAGGGACAACAAAAAAGCAGGAGUACUCGAACCGGCAAUGUCAAAAAUCAAAUCACUCAAAUUUGCAACCGAAGCUGCAAUUACGAUUCUGCGCAUCGACGAUAUGAUCAAGUUAUAUCCCGAAGAGAAACCGGGCAAGAACUAUGGCGAUGCGUGUGCUGCUGGUGAACUAGAUGGUUAGACAUCUUCCCCAUAAGCUAUUAUAUUUAGGCUGCCUUCCUUCUCACAAUAACCUUCUCCGUUCUUAACAAAUGCACCAUCCUCUUCUUCAUUCGUUUGCAAUGCAUUAAUUUAAGUCAUAUCCAUACGAACUUGACGUUCUCACUUGUGUUUGUUACUUAGAACACAAAUGCUGCUGGAACGAUCAGAUCAUACAAGUACAUAACACAAUAAAAAUAACAAACAAUGGAUUACGUUAAAAUGA